ACACUCUCCCCAAAGCAGCUCGCUUAGCUACCAAGUGUACUCUCUCUCUCUCCUCUCACCAGGAGGGAGCACCUAGCUCUAGCCAGCCAGCUCCGCGGAGCAACAAUGGCCAGCGCCUCCUUGCUCCCGGCCAUGGCGCUGCUGCUCCUGGCAAUGGCGGUGGCCUCCUCCGACGCGCAGCCCUCCCCCGGCUACUACCCGAGCUCGAGGUUCAGGCCGGUGGUGUUCAACCGCGCGUACAGCAACAAGUGGGGCCCGCAGCACCAGACGCUCUCCGGCGACCAUUCGGCCAUCACCAUCUGGCUCGACAAGACCUGCGGUAGCGGGUUCAAGUCGAAGCAUGCGUACAGGAACGGCUACUUCGCCACCCGCAUCAAGCUCCCCGCCGGCUACACCGCCGGCACCAACACCGCCUUCUACCUGUCCAACAACGAGGCGCACCCCGGGUUCCACGACGAGAUCGACAUGGAGUUCCUGGGCACCAUCCCCGGCGAGCCCUACACGCUGCAGACCAACGUGUACGUCCGCGGCAGCGGUGACGGGCGGAUCAUCGGGCGGGAGAUGCGGUUCCACCUCUGGUUCGACCCCACCGCCGGCUUCCACACCUACGCCAUCCUCUGGAACCCGGACGCCAUCACCUUCUUCGUGGACGACGUGCCCGUCCGGCGGUACGAGCGCAAGACGGAGCUCACCUUCCCGGACCGCCCCAUGUGGGCGUACGGCUCCAUCUGGGACGCCUCCGACUGGGCCACCGACGACGGCCGGCACCGGGCCGACUACAGCUACCAGCCGUUCGUGGCGCGCUUCGACCGCUUCGUGGUCGCUGGGUGCGGGGCCGGCGCCCCGCCCUCGUGCCGCCCGGCCCGGGCGUCCCCCGCCGGCACGGGGCUCACGCGGCAGCAGUACGCGGCGAUGCGGUGGGCGCAGCAGCGCCACAUGGUCUACUACUACUGCCAGGACUUCCGGAGGGACCGCUCGCUCACGCCGGAGUGCUGAGGGAUGGAGCCCGUGAACGGAACGGACGGUGGCGCGCGUGCCUUGGUUAAUUUCGUCGUGUGUUUGCUUGCUAUACUACGGCGCUCCUACCGCGAGCUCCUCCUACCUACACUUUGCUUCUUCUUUUUGGUUUGGAUCUCAGAGAGUAAAGGGUGUGGCUGCCCUACCGCUGCUGCCUGCCUGCGUGUGGCUGAGCAUGAGCUAGGCCGGUGGUUGAGGCGUUGGUCGUUGGCAUAUUGCCAAAAAGGGUCCCGUGUCUUUCCAUCUCUUUCGUUUUGGUUGGUGCCUACUUUUCGUUUCACAUGUAUGUAUGCCCCGAAGGGGCAAAGGCGCAUGAUUCAUGGCAUACUAUCAUUCAUGCCCACUGUAAUGCAGAGUACUCUAAUAUGUUCUCCAUAUUUGUGAUUUAUGUAUACUAUUGCUUCAA